GACAAAUAGUAUCUACUUACUGUUUUUAUUUGCUAAAUAUUUCAAAUUUCAUAUUACCAAUGUAAUGAAUGAUUUACAAUCCAAUCAUAUUAGAAUAAGAGAUGAUAAUUUAUAUGGAAUCAAUGUCGAACAAUUCAUAAAAUCAAUUGAAGCGAAAUAUAAGAUCGACUUCAGAUCUCUACCACAGUGGAAGGAUCUUGUGAAACGUUUGCAUGUUUCAACUUCCGAUUGUAAGCGUAAAAUUCAGGAUGCAAAUCUUCGUAAAUUGCUUAUUAUAAAUAAACUGUAUACGCAGCUUAUGAGGAAUUCACCGUUUGAGUUAACAGAAAGAUUGGCAAGAACCCAUAAAAAAUGGCAAGUCAUCAGUGGUCAUAAAAGAUCUAAAUCAAAGCUACAAUCCGAUCUUGAAUUGCAAGAUUCUUUGAAAUAUGAAGAGGCAUUAAAUGAAAUCACAGAGACAUCUUUAACGAUGCAUCCGAAUACUGAGGUCAUGGAAGCUGAAGUUGGCAGUAAUGAAGUACCUUUCAUAUCGACCGUAGAGUCUGAAACGAAAAUUACUGACCCUUUAUUUUACUUACCUGCUAAUAUUUGUAUCAAUCAUCAUAAGUAUCUUUCACCUUUAAACUCGAGAGACCUUAGUCUCAAAGCCAACAUAAUUUCUUUAAAGGGAAAAAGCAGUCCGGAAAUAAAUUCAAAAUCUUGCAUGACGAUAAAUAACGCUUCAUUGAAAAGUAGUCCAAAAGAAAUAUUAAUUGUCAAAAAGACACUUUCAGAACAGACGACUAAAUUCUCUAUAAUUAACUGUACGACAGAAUAUCUAUUUAUAAGAUUCCUAGAUGUAAUGGAUAAAUCUCCUUUUAAAAAAAUUAAAAUUAUCCCUUCCACACAGCAAAAAAUAUAUCCUGGAAUUGCAUUGACAUUUAGAUUAAUUUACCAACUUGACAAUUAUGAGGAAAUUACAUCUGGAAUCUUUUUUAAGUUUGGUAAAAACGUUUUGGAUGUUGAAGUGUUUAAGAUACCAAUUAUGAGUAAAUUCCAAUUAGACAGACAGAUUUUAGUAACUGAAUCAAUAUAUUUUUCUCCAGUUUAUAUGUGGCAAAUCCGUCAAGAUACAGGAUUUCCGUCAGUACAGGUCCACGUAUCAGUCACUGAUGACUAUAGUUACCAUUUACAUAUUAGGAAAUGGGCUAUAGAUAUAACACAUGAAUUUCAAGAUAGUUCUGCAUCUAUGGAAGUAAUUAGCGUUGAUACAGAAAGCUUCGCUGAAAGAAUAGAAGAUGAAGACUUUGUGGCUCACAGUAAAACGCUUGUUCCACAAACAGAAGAAUUUAUGGAGGAGGUUAUCACAUCUAUAAAUAUAAUCCAAUUGAUUAUAGAAGAUAUAAUAGAUCUCGCACUAGAUAUUUUUCUAUUUAAUCAUACUUAUAUGUAUUUGAAACCUAAAUCAGAAAAGAAGAUAUCUUUGUACUUUACAAAACCAGUUUGCAUCGGAAGUCAUCAUUGCUACUACAACUUUAAUUUUUAUGAUACAAUAACUAAUGAGAUAAUAUCAACAAGACAAGUUAAAGUAUUUGCUGAAGUUCUGCCUCAUCCUAUACAAAUAUACCCUGCCAUAUUAGAUAUGUCUUUAUCCCCAGUGGCUCAUGGAUUUUACGAAGAUAACAUAUUAAUCACAAACUCGCAUAAAUCAUAUCCAGUCACAAUAAAGAUUCAACUUACUACGAAAAUGAAACAACUUUUCCGAGUAUGUCCAAUGAAAACAUUCAUUCCAGCUUUAUCAAGUGCGAAACUAGCUAUCAAACUUUGUUCCAAUGAAACAUACUAUUGCAACGCAAUAGAAGAUAUGGCGUAUUUUAUCUUUAAAAUUAUUAUAAUUGGAGACAAAGCCGUAUAUAAAAAUGUGCCACCGUUUUUUUACGAACUGAUCGCCCCUUGUGCUUCUAUUUUUAAAAAGGUUUACAAUGAAAAAUACUUUUCGGAUACUCAAGAGCCAAAAUUUGAUAAAACUUUUUCAUAAGUUAUUUUUGAAAUACAUUUAUGCUUCGGGGUCGGGAGGUCGUGACAAAACGCGCCGUAAGUUGAAACAAUAACACAUUCGGCUGAGAUGAAAUGGCGCGAUGUGCGUGCGCACUGAAAUUCGCGCGUUCUCGAUUACGCGCCAGACGCGAUCAUGAUCCAGAUGUUGUUUGGGUCAGAAACAUUUGCG